GUCCUGGACAUUGCUGGCUUUGAGAUAUUUGAUUUCAACAGCCUGGAGCAGCUGUGCAUCAAUUUCACCAAUGAGAAGCUGCAGCAGUUCUUCAACCACCACAUGUUUGUGCUGGAGCAGGAGGAGUACAAAAAGGAAGGAAUUGAAUGGGAGUUCAUUGACUUUGGAAUGGACCUGGCUGCCUGCAUUGAACUCAUUGAGAAGCCCAUGGGCAUCUUUUCUAUCCUGGAAGAGGAGUGCAUGUUCCCCAAGGCAACUGACACCUCUUUCAAGAACAAGCUCUAUGACCAGCAUCUGGGCAAGUCCAACAACUUCCAGAAGCCCAAGCCUGGCAAAGGCAAGGCCGAGGCCCACUUUUCACUUGUGCACUAUGCUGGCACAGUGGACUACAACAUCUCUGGCUGGCUUGACAAGAACAAGGACCCCCUGAAUGAAACUGUUGUGGGGCUGUACCAGAAAUCAUCAAUGAAGACACUGGCCUUACUCUUUGCCUCUGCUGGUGGAGAGGCAGAGAGUGGUGGUGGUGGCAAGAAGGGAGGCAAGAAGAAGGGUUCUUCUUUCCAGACUGUAUCAGCUCUUUUCAGAGAGAACCUAAACAAGCUCAUGACCAAUCUACGGAGCACUCAUCCCCAUUUUGUGCGCUGUAUCAUCCCCAAUGAAACAAAAACACCUGGUGCCAUGGAACAUGAACUGGUGCUGCACCAGCUGCGCUGUAAUGGUGUUCUGGAAGGGAUCAGAAUUUGCAGGAAGGGAUUCCCCAGCAGAAUCCUCUAUGCAGACUUCAAACAGAGGUACAAGGUGCUUAAUGCCAGUGCCAUCCCAGAGGGACAGUUCAUUGAUAGCAAAAAGGCUUCUGAGAAGCUUCUGGGGUCAAUUGAUGUGGAUCACACCCAGUACAGAUUUGGCCACACCAAGGUGUUCUUCAAAGCUGGGCUGCUGGGACUCCUGGAGGAGAUGAGGGAUGAGAAGCUGGCACAGCUCAUCACUCGCACGCAGGCCAGGUGCAGAGGCUUCCUGAUGAGAGUGGAGUACCAGAGAAUGGUGGAGAGGAGGUAGACAUUGCUCAUCUUCAGUUUGAAUCACUGUCCUGUG